AUGGCUUCAAGCACUGGUCUUCCCCGUAUCCGGGCCUGUCUUUUCGACAUGGACGGCCUCCUAAUUGACUCCGAGGACAAAUACACACAGAUCACAAACGAGGUUCUGCAGAUGUACGGCAAGCCAAUGCUUCCUUGGUCAAUCAAAGCACAGCUUCAAGGGCGCCCACAACCUGAGGCCAGCAAGAUCUUCCACGAGUGGGCUCAACUCCCCAUUUCACCCGAGGAGACUGCUGUCAAGCAAGACGCCUUGCGAGAAAAGUACUUCCCGCAAUCCCAGACUCUUCCAGGAGUCCCUGAGCUGUUAGCUAACCUUGUCGCGACUCGGUCUACUGAUCACCCUGUGCACAUCGCGCUGGCAUCUUCCUCGAACGGCAAGAACUUCAAAUUGAAAACAGACCAUCUGAAAGAAUUGUUCACUGCUUUCCCUCAAGUCAACCGUGUUCUUGGAGAUGACCCGCGCAUCGAGAAGGGAAGGGGCAAGCCUCUUCCUGAUAUCUAUCUUCUGGCGCUGAAAACCAUCAAUGAUGAGUUGCGUAGCAAGGGCGAAACAGAGAUCAAGCCAGAGGAGUGUCUUGUCUUUGAAGAUGCUGUUCCAGGAGUGGAGGCUGGUCGCCGUGCAGGAAUGCAGGUCGUUUGGGUUCCACACCCUGGUCUUUGGGAUACCUACAAGGACCAGGAAGAAGAGGUUCUCGCUGGUCGGACUGGUGCCCACAAAGAGGACGGAAAGACGGAAUCAGGGGCAGUGGGGAGUCUUGGUGAUGGAUGGGGCCAGCGUUUGACCUCGUUGGAGGAUUUCCCGUACUCGCGCUAUGGGAUUCAGAUCUGA